AUGGCAGCCCCCAUGUUGCAGUUGUCAGCUGGACAAGUGUUGCGCUCCGCAUCUGCUAUUGUCUCAAAGCCAGUGAGUGGUUCCCACGUUCUGAGGAUUGAUGGCUACUCACGCUUGAAAGAGGCGAUCAGCCAUGGUGAGGGCAUUGAAUCAUGUGACUUCGAUGUUGGAGGCCACAUCUGGCGUCUCCUGUGUUACCCAAAUGGCGGUCACUCCUAUAGGUGCCACAUUGCUCUCUACCUCACGCUUGUUAGUUCUCAGGAUGAGCUCAUCCCAGCGCAAUCACAGUUCAGCCUACUCGAUCAGCUUGGCAAGCCAGCGUUGCCGUGUUAUGUGGGGAUGCAUAAGUUUUCACGUGGAGAUUGCUGGGGCCUCAAGGAUUUCAUCAGUAGGGAAGAAUUGGAGAAAUCGGAGUAUCUCAAGGAUGACCGUUUCGCUAUCCAAUGCAAUGUUUCUUUCACCACUGUGAGAAAAUGCAGUGACAAUUGGGCCUUCAUUUCUCAAGAUCUUAGAUCUGGUGAACCGCCAGUCUUUAGUUUGGAAUAG